AUGGCUAGUCUAACUCAAAGAGUUUUGAAUCUCAACAAAUUAUUUAAACGUGUUAACAAUGGGACAAAAAGGCUUUCAUCUCAUUUUACAUAUUUUCCGGACAAUGAAAAACCAGUGGAAGGAGAAUAUUCGAAAAUGAAUAUGAUGCAGGCUAUAAACAAUGCCAUGGAUUUGACACUCAAGAAUGACCCUACGGCUGUGGUGUUUGGUGAAGACGUGGCUUUCGGUGGUGUCUUCAGGUGUGCUUUAGGAUUACAGGAAAAAUAUGGCAAUGACAGGGUGUUUAACACUCCACUCUGUGAACAAGGUAUCGCUGGGUUCGGUAUCGGAAUGGCUACAGCCGGUGCUACAGCAAUUGCAGAGAUACAAUUUGCCGAUUAUAUUUUCCCUGCAUUUGAUCAACUAGUGAAUGAGGCAGCGAAGGCCCGCUACCGCUCAGGGGGUCAGUUUGAAUGCGGGGCCCUCACUGUUAGGAGUCCGUGUGGAGCGGUCGGCCACGGGGGCCUGUAUCACUCACAGAGCCCUGAAGCUUUCUUCGCACACGCGCCUGGCUUAAAAGUGGUAGUACCAAGAGGACCAAUAACAGCAAAGGGGUUAUUACUAUCGUGUAUACAAGACAGGGACCCGUGUAUAUUCCUGGAGCCCAAGAUUCUGUACCGUUCCGCUACUGAAGAUGUACCAGUGGAUAACUUCACACUACCCAUUGGAAAGGCACAGGUUUUGCGACAGGGCGACGCGGCGACACUGAUAGGCUGGGGGACACAGGUUCAUGUAUUGUUGGAAGUGGCCCAAAUGGUCCAGGAUAAGUUGGGAGCCAGCUGCGAGGUCAUCGAUCUCAUGUCUAUCCUGCCGUGGGACCAGGAGACUGUUUUUAAUUCGGUGAAGAAAACAGGCCGCUGUCUGAUAGCACAUGAAGCACCACUCACUUGCGGAUUCGGGGCCGAACUAGCCGCUGCCAUACAGGCCGAGUGCUUCCUGCACCUCGAGGCCCCAGUGCAGCGUGCGGCGGGCUGGGACGCGCCCUUCCCGCACGUGUUCGAGCCCUUCUACCUGCCCGGCCGCUGGCGCUGCUUCGACUACAUCUCGCAACUGCUCAAAUAUUAGCGCCUCCCCUACUGCCCCAACAUCAGCGCCUCCCCUACUGCCCCAACAUCAGCGCCUCCCCUACUGCCCCAACAUCAGC